AUGGCGUUUCCCUUGGAUCAAGCUCAGUUGUUGAAUCAUUUAAGAACGUCCUACCUUUCUUUGGGCGACGAAUCGGAAUACUUUAAGAGGAUAAUUGCUCCAAGCAAUCCUGGUGAUGAGAUUGUUUCAGAGAGAGGGGUACUGAACUGUCCAUUGCAGAACUCUCCUCCAAUAACGUUUGAGAUUGGAAGUCAUGUAAAGAGGACAAUCGACAGUAGUCCAUUCAGAGAAAGGAAAGGUCGAAGUCAAGCAGGAGAAAGUUCAAGAAGACGAAGGAGUAAAGCCAAACGCGAUUCACAAGACUCAAUGAAAAAUGUAGCACAGCUACUGGAAUCAGAUUCACUAGGACUUAGUUUAGAUGAUGAGCCGAUAAACAAUAAUACUACAAACUCCGCCUUAUCCGAAAGGUAUCAAGAGAGCACUGAAAAUGGAUUGAAUGAUAUACAAGAAGAUGAAACAAAAUUACUGAGCCAGCACCAUUUUGGGGCUUUGCAUUCCAAACAUAACAAGAGGAAAGGAAAGACAAAGUCUAAGCUGAAAAUCCCUAUUGUCAAGUUCUUUAAAUCGGGGAAGGAUGAAAUAUCUGACUCUGAUAGCAGUGACGAUGAAAGAAGGGGAUCUGUCAUAACGUACAAAUCAUCCUCGCUCAAUACGUCAAAAGAAGAUCUUACUGAUAAAGAGAGUACUUCUGUUGGCAGACAAAGUCUCGAGCAACAGCAGCUCGCAGACCAUAGAGGUCUGCCAUCUGUCCAAGUUCAAGAUAAUGCAAGUUCUUUUGGAUUUAACGACAAGUUCAGUGAGGUGACGACGGAUGAUGAGGGAGAUGGUGAUCAUCCUUUCGAAUCUGACGAAGAAAUUUCUGACGACUCAGAGUUUACUGAUUUGGAUAAUGAUACAAUUUUGGACUCAUUUUCUAGGUCAGACUCCAUCACCAAUGCAUUAGAUAAACUGAUACAGAAUAAAAAUAGCGUUGUUCGUCAGUUUAGUUUGAAUAGGAAGAAGAGAGCAAAUACAUUUGGAGACCAUACGGUUCCAAAAAAUCUUGGGGCUAACUACUUGAACAGUCAAACUGCAGGAUCCAAUUUGUCUCAAGUGCGAUCAUUUGGAAAUUUGGUAGAGUUGGAGAGACCCUCGCUAUCUUUUCCAAAAGUUGAACCCAAAGUCACAGACACUAAUCAAGCAUCAAAUUUGAGUUCAAUGAUACACACAAAAUUUAAGUCAACUACCGUAAACCCAUUGAACUAUUAUCUUUUUGUUGAUGGCCUGGUAAGUGCCAACUCACAGCGAGCAGCACAGUUGAAUGUAUUUCUCCCUCCAAAACGGUCGCCUGUGUUGACUAAUUUGAACAUCGAUCGAAGCGUUUCGGUAGCGGACUGUAUUGGAUACAUUUUGCUCAACUUGUUGAAACUUCAGGAGGUUAGUGAAUUAAACGAUCCGUCAUUUUUAAAUCCCAAUUUCUGGAGACUAGAACUUGUGGAUGAAGACGGGGAAAAUUAUGGCUCUUUUGGGAUUUUGGACAGAAACAGAACCUUUGCUUCCUACAAUAAUCCGAAGGACUUGGCUCUUUGCCGUGUUAAGGAUGUCGUUGAAAUUGAUCGAAAUGAGACAUUGUCUCCGCUUCCAAUAGAGUUCAAACAAAAUCUUUCAGCUUUUGAACAAAAGAAGAAGAGUAUUGAUCAAAGCGAAGAUGACAUACCCAAGGUGGAUCUUCUUGUCAGUGUGUUUGAGUAUGACAAUAGUGGGAUUCCACAGAAAGUACCGUUCAAAGCUCCAAGAAGUUAUACAAUGGGACAAGUUUUGAAAGAAUUUUGUGUCCAAAGGGGACUAAUAACUACAGAGUAUCGCUUCAAGGUUGUGGAGGCUGGUGGCACCAGGAGCCGGUAUGUUAAAGAUGUAGAGCUAUGUAGGAACUUGCAUCUGUCAAUUUUGGAGCUAGUUCCUUCCGAUUCAAAGUUCAAUUUGAUACUCGACAGAGAGGAGAAGAAUAGUCAAAUUGUCCCUGCUACAACUCCCGAGAUGCUUCCAGCAAAUUUAACGGCACCCAAUAUUACCCCGUACAAUGACGAAUUGAGUGCCAAGGUGCAUGAUAUAAAGUUGGAAAGUUCAGCGGUUCCAGCUGCUGCUACGGCAUCGCUACGAAAACCAGAACAAACGAAGCGCAAGCAAUUAUCAAAGUCGACGAAAUCGAUGAAGGAGACUAUGGAAACGAACAAGUAUUUGGACGAUAUAAUUCAGGGCAAUAAUCCACAACUACCGACAAACAUCAAUUCGAUAUAUUUCAAAUGGAAGGUAUUGAAAAACAACAGCAAGAUGAAAAAGAUGAAGAUAAAGACAUUUACAGAAAAGAACUUUAUCAUUGACGGUGACUAUAUUCACAUAACGCCGCCGGAUGACUUGAUGUUAAAAAACAUAGGCGAGUCGGUAUCACAUAAUCAACCACUCAAUUUCAACCAACAUCACACUUACCACAACUUGAACCAGCAGUUGAACCGGGUAUCUAAUAAGCAACUGACAAAAACGUACUCCUUCCACAUAACGCAGAUAAUGAAGGUCAAACAAUAUUCCAAGCAUCCUGACCACUUUCGAAUAAUUGUGAAAAGACAACAAGCUGACGAAGAGAAUGGGUCGAAUUCGAAAGACCCCAUGAAGAAAUUCUAUUUGGUAUCGAAGUCUGAGGCUGAAUGUUCUGAAAUUAUUAGCAAAUUGAAAUGGGUACUACAAGCUUACAAGCUUUCGAGUGGGGUUCUAUAG